AUGGGCUCUGGAAUGCUAACAGGCCUUAGAGGAACUAAAGCAGUAUUUAUCGAGCCCGCCACUACUUCACACCCCGAAAGCGGACGAACAACUUUACCUGUACUUGGCAGUCUCGGAGAUAGCGGACCAGGAGAUACAAAGGAAUCGAGAACUCUGUGCACAAAGGCAGCACGGUUCACUUUGUCUGAAGACAGAACGUUGUUUAGAAGGACGUUCGAUGGACAAUUGGCAAUAUGUUUAGGACCAGGAGAUACAAACUACAUCCUACGAGAAAUUCACAAGGGCCCUUGUGGAAAUCAUUCUGGUGCCGAAUCGCUGGUCCAAAAAGUAAUUAGAGCAGGGUAUUAUUGGACCGAUAUGGAGAAGUAUGCAAGGGAGUUUGUUCGAAAAUGCGACAAAUGCCAAAGGCAUGCGCCCAAGAUUCAUUAA